UCACAGAUAGAAGGAAAGAGUGAGUGGCGCGUGAGUGGCGAGAUAUAGAGAGAGAGAGAGAGAGAGAGAGAGAGAGAAGCUCACUGCCAUUUUUUUAUUUUUAUUUUUAUUUUUACAUGUUGGCUUCCUCCGCAAGAUGCUGUCGCACACACCAUCACCACCACCACCACCACCACCACCUCCUCCUCCUCCUCCUCACAUGGAAUCCUCCAACGGUAAGCUUGACGAAGCAUCCUCCGCCUCCGCCUCCACCUCCGCCGCCGCCGGCGCCGGCGCCGGCGCCGGAGGAGGAGAGGAGAAGAAGGCGGAGCCGGCGGUGGGGUUGCUGGAGCUGUUCCGGUUCGCGGAUGGCGUGGAUUGCGCGCUCAUGGCGAUCGGCACCGCGGGGGCCGUCGUCCACGGCUGCGCCCUCCCCGUCUUCCUCCGCUUCUUCGCCGAUCUCGUCAACUCCUUCGGAUCCAACGCGGCCGACCCCGACGCCAUGGUCCGCGAGGUCGUCAAGUACGCUUUCUACUUCCUCGUCGUGGGCGCCGCCAUUUGGGCGUCUUCUUGGGCCGAGAUAUCUUGCUGGAUGUGGAGCGGAGAGAGGCAAUCCACGAAGAUGCGGAUCAAGUACUUGGAGGCGGCGUUAAACCAGGACGUGCGCUACUUCGACACCGAGGUGCGCACCUCCGACGUCAUCUACGCGAUCAACGCCGACGCCGUCGUCGUCCAGGACGCCAUCAGCGAGAAGCUGGGCAACUUGAUCCACUACAUGGCCACCUUCGUCUCCGGGUUCAUCGUCGGGUUCACCGCCGUGUGGCAGCUCGCGCUCGUCACGCUCGCCGUCGUGCCCCUCAUCGCCGUCAUCGGCGGCAUCCACGCCGCAACAUUGGCCAAGCUCUCGUCCAAGGGCCAAGGCGCCCUCUCCAAAGCCAGCAACAUAGCCGAACAAGCAUUUUCUCAAAUAAGGACGGUGCAAUCGUUUGUGGGCGAGUCCCGGGUCCUCCAAGCGUAUUCGGUAUCCCUGACUGUGGCUCAGAGGAUCGGAUACCGCAGCGGCUUCGCGAAGGGGCUCGGAUUGGGCGCGACCUAUUUCACCGUCUUCUGCUGCUAUGCUCUUCUUUUGUGGUACGGCGGAUACCUCGUCCGCCACCGCCACACCAACGGUGGCCUCGCCAUCACCACCAUGUUCUCCGUCAUGAUCGGCGGAUUGGCGCUCGGGCAAUCGGCGCCGAGCAUGACGGCGUUCGCCAAGGCGAGGGUGGCGGCGGCGAAGAUAUACCGCACGAUCGAUCACAAGCCAGCGAUCGACCGGAACGGUGAGACCGGGGUCGAAUUGGGUUCGGUCACGGGGCAUGUCGAGCUGAGGAAUGUCGAAUUCACCUACCCUUCACGGCCGGACGUCCCGAUUCUCCGCGACCUUUCGCUGAGCGUCGCCGCCGGGAAGACGCUCGCGUUGGUCGGCAGCAGCGGGUCGGGGAAGAGCACGGUGGUUUCUCUUAUUGAGAGGUUCUAUGACCCAACUGCUGGGCAAAUAUUGCUUGAUGGGCAUGACUUGAAGAGCUUGAAGCUAAGGUGGUUGAGGCAACAGAUAGGGCUUGUGAGCCAGGAGCCUGCUCUUUUUGCAACCACCAUUAAAGAGAAUCUGCUUCUGGGGAGAGAAGAUGCUACCCAAGUAGAGAUAGAAGAGGCUGCAAGGGUUGCCAAUGCCCAUUCCUUCAUCAUAAAGCUACCAGAUGGCUAUGAUUCCCAGGUGGGGGAGAGGGGCCUGCAGCUCUCUGGUGGGCAGAAGCAGAGGAUUGCGAUUGCGAGGGCGAUGCUGAAGAACCCGGCGAUCCUUCUACUGGAUGAGGCGACGAGCGCACUCGACUCAGAGUCAGAGAAGCUUGUUCAGGAGGCCCUUGACCGGUUCAUGAUCGGCCGCACCACCCUUGUCAUUGCCCACCGCCUCUCCACCAUCCGCAAGGCUGAUGUUGUUGCCGUACUCCAACAAGGGACUGUCUCGGAGAUCGGCACCCACGAUGAUCUGAUGGCCAAAGGCGAGAACGGGCUCUAUGCGAAGUUGAUCCGGAUGCAAGAACAAGCUCAUGAGGCUGCUCUCAUCAAUGCCCGAAAAAGCAGUGCCAGGCCUUCAAGUGCACGCAACUCGGUUAGCUCCCCGAUCAUCACCCGCAACUCGUCAUACGGCCGAUCGCCGUACUCCCGCCGCCUCUCCGAUUUCUCAACGUCGGAUUUCAGCCUCUCGAUUGACCCAAACCACCGCAUGGAGAAGCUCGCAUUCCGCGACCAAGCCAGCUCUUUCUGGCGCUUGGCAAAGAUGAACUCGCCUGAGUGGGCCUACGCCCUAAUCGGCUCCAUUGGCUCUAUGGUGUGUGGCUCCAUGAGCGCCUUCUUCGCCUAUGUCCUCAGUGCAGUUCUGAGCAUCUACUAUGCUCAGGACCCAAAGUACAUGACCCGGCAAAUCGGCAAAUACUGCUAUCUCCUUAUUGGUGUGUCCUCAGCGGCACUUCUCUUCAAUACUAUGCAGCACCUCUUCUGGGACGUUGUGGGUGAGAACUUGACGAAGAGAGUGCGCGAGAAGAUGAUUGCUUCAAUCCUCAGAAACGAGAUCGCAUGGUUCGAUCGGGAGGAGAACACCAGCGCCAGGAUCGCUGCAAGGCUUGCACUCGACGCCCAUAAUGUGCGGUCGGCGAUUGGGGACCGUAUCUCUGUUAUUGUUCAGAACUCGGCUCUUUUGCUUGUUGCAUGCACUGCUGGGUUCGUCCUGCAAUGGCGCCUCACCCUUGUCCUUAUCGCUGUUUUCCCACUCGUCGUUGGUGCUACUGUCCUUCAGAAAAUGUUCAUGAAAGGGUUCUCCGGUGACCUCGAAGGCGCACAUGCCAAGGCGACGCAGAUUGCUGGAGAGGCAGUGGCGAAUGUGCGGACUGUGGCAGCCUUCAAUUCGGAGGCGAAGAUCACUCAGCUCUUUGCCGCUAACCUCCAGGGCCCGCUCCGGCGCUGCUUCUGGAAGGGCCAGAUCGCCGGGAGUGGCUUCGGCGUGGCACAGUUCCUCCUCUAUGCCUCCUAUGCGCUCGGGCUCUGGUAUGCUGCAUGGCUCGUGAAGCACGGCAUCUCCGACUUCUCCAAGACUAUCCGCGUCUUCAUGGUGCUCAUGGUCUCUGCCAACGGUGCUGCCGAGACGCUUACGCUUGCUCCAGACUUUGUCAAAGGCGGCCGUGCCAUGCGCUCAGUGUUUGAAGCUAUAGAUCGCAAGACGGAGAUUGAGCCUGAUGACCCAGAGGCCGCUCCCAUCCCCGAGCGCCUCCGCGGGGAGGUCGAGCUCAAGCACGUCGACUUCUCCUACCCGUCGCGGCCAGACUUCUCGGUGUUCCGUGACCUCAGCCUCCGCGCUCGCGCGGGAAAAACCCUUGCACUUGUCGGUCCCAGCGGAUGCGGCAAGAGCUCUGUGAUCGCACUCGUGCAGCGCUUCUAUGAGCCCACAUCCGGGCGUGUGCUCAUCGACGGGAAGGACAUAAGAAAGUACAAUCUUAAGUUGCUGCGGCGUGCCAUUGCGGUGGUGCCACAGGAGCCGUGCCUGUUUGCGGCAACGAUAUUCGACAACAUCGCCUACGGGCGGGAGAACGUGACGGAGGCCGAGGUGAUCGAGGCAGCGACGCAGGCAAACGCGCACAAGUUCAUAUCAGCAUUGCCGGACGGUUACCGUACAUGGGUCGGGGAGCGCGGGAUGCAGCUGUCGGGGGGGCAGCGGCAGCGUGUGGCGAUUGCGCGGGCACUGGUGAGGAAGGCACAGGUGAUGCUACUGGACGAGGCGACGAGCGCACUGGACGCAGAGUCUGAGCGGUGGGUGCAGGAUGCAUUGGAUAAAGCGGCCAGCGGUGGCGGGCGGACGACGAUAGUGGUGGCGCACCGGCUAGCGACGGUGCGGAACGCACACACAAUCGCGGUUAUUGACGAGGGCAAGGUAGUCGAGCAGGGAUCACACUCGCACUUGCUCAACCACUUUCCGGAGGGGUGUUAUGCGCGAAUGCUGCAGCUGCAGCGGCUCACGAACAAUCAGGCCGUCGCCGGAGCGCCGGGACCGUCCAACAGUGCAAGGGAAGGGGGGACGUAGGAGAAAGGGGGAAGAGUUUAAAUUUGAAGAAGAAAAGGAGGGAAAGGGAAGAGGCGCCAAAAAUGGGGAAGGAUAGAGCUGAUGAUAAAUCGAUUUCUUGUCAUAUUUCUAGAUUUUGUUUUUUUGCUUUGGCGCUUUUCUUGUUCUAAUAUUUUCUUGAUGUGGGCAAGAUCCAAUUGGUGAUGUAAUUAUGUUAUUAUGUAAUGUGUAUUUAGCGAAAUUAGUCCAUUUUGCAAUUAGGUGUUCGGUUU